CGAAUAGGCAACACACACAGAAAGCUGAAACAUCAAAAAUAGAAAGCAAAGUUCGUUAGCUCAACCAACCGAACCGAGAGAGAAAAAGGGAGAGAGUGAGUUUGCGAUUCGCAGAAAGAGAAAGAGAAGAGAAGAGAGAUGAAAGGAUUAGGAAGACUGAUAAGGCGAGCCGUUUCCAAUUCAAAACAAUUCACUCAACCUUCAACAACAACAACAACAACAAUUCCCCGCCGCCUCAUUCACGCCUCUUCUUCCACGGCGUCGUAUCAUCCUUCCCCCAAUUCAACAACAACGCUGCUCAGAUCUUCUCCCAUUCCUUCUUCACACUCUCCAACAAAAUGGGCCGGCCCAUUCUCAGGGCAGAGGAGGAACAUGUUUAUACAAACGCAGUCGACGCCGAACCCGUCGUCUCUGAUGUUCUAUCCGGGGAAGCCUGUUAUGGAUGUUGGCAGCUCCGACUUCCCCCAUGCCCGUGCCGCCAUGACUUCUCCCCUCGCUAAAGCCCUUUUCGGAAUUGAUGGAAUUACUCGGGUUUUCUUUGGUUCUGAUUUUGUUACUGUGACGAAGUCAGAAGAUGCUUCUUGGGAUUUUCUAAAGCCUGAAAUCUUUGCAGCAAUCAUGGAUUUUUAUUCUUCUGGGCAACCACUGUUUCUAGACUCACAAACUGCUGCAGCCAUGGACACUGCCAUUCAUGAGGAUGAUUCUGAAACUGUAGCAAUGAUCAAAGAACUCCUGGAGACUCGUAUCCGACCAGCAGUGCAAGAUGAUGGUGGGGACAUUGAAUAUUGUGGAUUUGAUCCAGAAACUGGAGUAGUUAAAUUGAGAAUGCAAGGAGCUUGUAGUGGCUGCCCUAGCUCUUCUGUCACACUCAAAUCUGGCAUUGAAAAUAUGCUGAUGCAUUAUGUUCCUGAGGUCAAAGGUGUGGAACAAGAAUUAGAUGAUGAUGAUGGGGAUGCAGCAUUAAGUGCCCAGAUGGAGUAGGUAAUGUUACUGGUUUGUUCUUGCAAGGCCUCAAUUAUAUAGUGAAGAGCUUGAAGAGGACUUCAGCUACAUGCUCUUGUACAGAAGUAAGAUAAACUGCUUUUUUAUUUUUAGGGUAUUACAUAUUGUGAUAUUUGCUAUAAGCUAAUUUGGAUAUGCAACUGAUCAUUGUCUCAUUCAGCAAAAAAAGAAAAGAAAAAAAAAAGAUUAUUGUUCAUUACAAAUUUUCUGGUUUGGCUAGCGGUGAUUUGAUGGUUUAAGCUUUUUCAUAUAAUAUUUUGGUGCUAGAGGGAUUGUUAAAAA